AUGAGUAGUAACGGGAGACAUCCUGUUCCGAAUCCUGCCGAAAAUCAUCACGUACGCCGAAAGUAUUGCGAAAACCGGCCGCUGUACCGUCGUUCCCAUCAAUUGACCGCCGUACGCGCCUACUCGGUGGCCAACGAAUCGCGGCACCUACUUGUGUUCGGCGUUCCACAGAUUGAGCUCCAGCGCGAAGUGCGCCAAGUAUUUGGCCGAAUUGGACCGCUGGAAAAGGUCGAAAACGUUACCGCAGCUUGGCAGCAGCAGCACACUGGCCAAGAUCAGGAAGUGGACCCACUAGCGCUCGAACCGUUCACGGACGUUUUCCACGUGUGCUUCAAGAAACUCGAAAAGGCCCGGCGUGCGAAGAAGGUGCUGGAUGCGCACAACUUCUACGGUGGCCUUCUACACAUCUCGUACGCACCCGAGCGUGAAACGGUGGAGGAAGUGCGUGCUAAGCUGGCCCAGCGCCGAUCGGAGGUGCGCUACCGUACGAAGAUCGUUCGAUCGAAACCGAAACCAAAGGCAAAGCAAGAGUCCAAGCCAGAACCAAGGCCCGAAGCUCGUCCUGUGGUUACUAGUGUGGGUGUAAAGCAGCGACGACGAUCGGCCAUUAUUGCAGCGGCCAGCAGGAUGGCGGCGAAGCGAGUCUAG